AUGGCCUCACUUCCAACACAGGACCCAAAGGAUACUCUGGAUGAUAUUGAUGCCGCUUUCGCAACGACCAGUCUCGAAGACCAUGAGCCAUCUUCUCUCUCGAAUUUGCAAACCAUCGACACCAGUAUUGAGGGCGAGGGACAAGUGUCAGGUUCAUCCUCAGCACAAGCUUUAAGACGUAGACGCAGUACGACACAAAGCUCAAACACAUAUGGUGGCGACAAAUCGUCUGUUGUGCGUCAACCAGGCAGACCACAUGGCUUUGAGGUCAAGAAAUUUCAAUUCUUCGAGCCAGGAAGAGCACGUCUCCACCUUCACACGGCGCAUCGAGGGCUGACAGCUAACAGUCCUGUUUACAGCAACAAACAAAAGGGCGUGCUCAAACGAGGAUUGAGUCGUUGUGAAAUAUUGCAACACGCUAUCAUCUUUGACGAAGCGCAAGGUCAAUGGUCGCAUGACGAAGAGGUCAGAUUAGGCCUGUACAGGGAGGCAAUUUCCGUGCGGAUGGAUAACGACCAGACGCUCAAUAAAUGGUCUCGCAUCCGGUACGACAACGUGUGCACUAUCCGAUACAACUGGAAGGUGCUCAGUAUUGGCAUGGUCAAGAACGUGGACACCCUCCUCAAAUCGUUCGCCGACGUGCUCGUACAACCGAUCCGAGGUGAUUCCAGAUGGGAUCACCAAACCCAAGCCCAGAUCGAUCAGUACGCUGCUAUGAUCUUCCACUCCCAAAAUUGA